AUGUCAGAAUCUAUUUCAAGUUGUCCCGCGGCCAGUGAUGGGGUCGGCUCUGCAGAGAGAGGCCCCCUCUGGCCGGGGGUUCCCCUGCGGGUGAUAGAGUUUUUCAGCGGCAUAGGGGGCCUCCGGGUGGGUCUGGUUGAGGCUGGUGAGGCUCUGAGACAGCGCGGGGUUGGCAGUUUUGCUGCGGAGUUUGUGGCGGCCUACGACGUCAGCACAACAGCAAACGGAGUGUAUGCACACAACUUCAGCAGCAAGCCGAUUUGUGCUUCCAUCGAACACCUCUCGCUGCAGCAAGUGGAUGGAAAGGCGCAGCUCUGGCUGCUCUCUCCCCCCUGCCAGCCCUACACGCGGGGAGGCAAGAAACUGGACAUGCAGGACGGGCGGGCUACGGGUUUUCUGCAUUUGCUGCAGCUCCUAGACAGUUGCGCCUCUCCCCCUCAGUUCAUAUUCUUGGAAAAUGUCCGGGGUUUUGAAGGCUCAGACACUUGGCACUGCAUGCAGCGAGUGCUACUGAGAAAGCACUACAGCGUGCAGCACUUUCUACUCUCCCCCACGCAAAUCGGCAUUCCCAACACGAGAGUUCGCUACUACUGCCUCGCAACGAGGCACACAGACCUCCCGAAACAGCAGCAACAGCAGCAGCAGCAGCAGCAGCAGCAGCCCCAGACAGGUCUGAAGCAGCAGCAACAGCCACAGCAGGCGGCGCCAGAAGCUCCCGAAGUCAGCGCGCUGGGGGCUGCUGGGCUGCAGCUAAUUCCCCCAGAUCUGAAUACGGAGUGGAAUCCAAGGAGCCCCGUUACCAGCGCAGCCCCCAGGCUGCGCCGUGUUGGCGAAUUUUUAGAAAAAAAUAUUUCUGCAGCAGAGUGGGAGGCGCUGCGGGUUCCUGCGGAUCGACUGACUCGCUUUCUUGAAUCGGAAGCAGAAGCUGCACAGGCAGAAAACGGUGAGGGGGGAAGCGGGGCUGCAGAGGACUCCGCGAAUUCAGAAUUCAACAAAAAAGAAGAAAGCACUGAGACGGAAAUGGAGUUAAAUCAAAGAAAAAAGAGGAACUCAAACACUCAGCAAAAGUUCAACAACGGCUUCCGCUUGGAGCUCGUCAGCCCAAGCUCCACGGCGUCCGGCACCUUUACUAAAGGCUACGGGCGAAACCUCCACUCCGGAGGGCCUCUGCUGCUUAUUUGUGAAGAAGACCAGCCUUCAGGAGGCCGAGAAGCAGCAGCAGAAGCGGCAGCAGCAACACCAUCCGGAGCCGCAGCAGAGAGCCGCAGCACAGUGGAAUCUCCAGCAGUUGUCACAGGAGAAGCUGCAGCAACAGGAGCUGCUGCAGCAGCAGCAGCAGUGCUUCGUCCGGACACCUUGGAGCGUCGCCGAUUCCGCCGUUUGCGCGCUGGCGAUUCAGUUCGUUUCUUCUCAAGUCGUGAGCUGCUGCGACUUCACGGAUUUCCAGAAACAUUUUCUUUCCCCCCUUCGCUGCCCUUUAGAAAGAAGGCAGCGCUUGUAGGGAACUCCGUGAACGUGAAAGUUGUGGCGCUGCUGCUGCAGCACUUGCUGCAUCAGCACUUACUGCAAUAG